CCUCUUUUGCACCUACGCUUCCAGUCUAAACUGCAAGUAGCCUCUCUCUCCUGCCUCCUGCCUCUUCCCCCGCCCCAAAACCCAACACUACAACCGGAUGCAACUUGACCCUAAACAUUGCCAGAAUACUCUUUUUCUUCUCCCCCCCUUCCUGAUUUCCCUUUCCAUCGCUUCUGUCUCAUCCCUCCUCCACCUUUUUUUUAUCUCUUCCCAAGAGAAAUCUGCAAUCGCUGCGGGGAAUCCGGUUUGCAACCUUGUCUGCGCAUCUCGAGGCGAUCCGGAUUGCUUCCUCACACUACUCACUCCACCACGCCGCAGUCACGCUACUCGGAUAUACCACAGGAGACACACCUCCAGUCGCCCGUAUCUGUCUGUCUCAACUUUACCCAUCUCCACCUCCCGAGACCGCCCAUCGCACAUUUGGAAGGACACAGGUCCAGAACGGACGAUACACACAUUUGCUAAAACAACCUACCUGCAUAUUCUCUCCUCGCCCGCGAACCACAUCCCGGUCAGGAACAGCACUCGACAUAUCUCUCUCCCACACGCGACGUCCGAUACCAGCUAAACAUGCCUCCGCACCCGCUGAUCUGACUUUUUUCCCCCCAAACCCCAUCCUGCCGCACGACAUAGCAACGUCGACCUGCCCUU